UAGAGGUCGAGCAGGUAUCUUCGAAAGUGCGUUCUUCCACGCAAGAUAACACAGAUCGUUGUAGUCAGGAGACGGAGCGGACAUGAAGAUAUAUCUGUUGUUACUGAUUUGCCUCACGGUGAAACUUGUGGUCGUUGAAGCCACAGAGAACACCACGGCCAAUAUAGAGGAAGAAGAAACUAUUGCUCCAAGAUCUGGACUGGUAUCGGACAUUGUUGGAGGAAUUACGAAACCUCUAAACGUUCUCUUGCCACCGAAAGCCAAAGAAGCCAUCGUAUCUCCAGUAAAGGACGUUGCUGAUGUACUAGAUGCCAAGUUGAAGGCUAUAUAUCCAGGAACUCAGUGGUGUGGAGACGGCAACCGGGCAAGGAGCGCUGAAGAUCUGGGGUUGUUCAAACUGACUGACGACUGUUGCAGGGAGCACGACAACUGCCCGGACAACAUCAACGCGGGGAAAUCGCGACACGGGCUCAACAACACGGGACUCUUCACGAGGUCCAACUGUGACUGUGACGACAAGUUUUACGACUGCCUAAAGGAAGCCAACACACUGAUCUCCAAGAAGAUCGGUGUAACAUACUUCAAUAUCCUGAGGCCGAAAUGUUUCAGGAAGGAUUAUCCUGUGUUAGGAUGCGAAAAACACGAAGGGAUAAUUCUUAAGAGAUGUGCAAAGUACGACAUGGAUUAUUCACUGCCGCAGAUCUGGCAGUGGUUCGAUCCGAAGGAAUUCUGAUCAGCAGACAACGAAUGUCUGGGAUAUAGACAGGAAAUAUGAGUCAAAAGCAGGGUGGCCCAAACUUAAGAGCUAUAGACCAAAUCUUGGCAUUUACAUAUUUAAUCUUCACUUUCCCAAUUAUUAAUAACUCCCUAAUCAGGGUUCAAAAUAUCCUCAAUCCUUCGCUAAUUCCGUACUAACCCGCGCGUUGGCAAUGGCGUUUUCCUUAGAGACGUGGUUGGUCUAUAAUAAUAUGGGCUGUAAAAAUCUACCAAACUACACGGCAUCACAUCCCUGAAGACAGUAAUCUUCGUAGUCACAGCCACAAGAACCUCAAAUCUCAAGGAACAGAUACAUUUCGAAGUGACCGCCGGUAGAAGAGCAUCAUGGGAAGAAUUCUGCAGUUGAAUUAUCUCAAAAUCAUUAUUAGUUAUUCGCACCAAUGGAUUCGACUUUGUAAACGAAAAUUCGUGAAAAUAAGAAGAGUAGACUAUGUUGAACAUCCACAAAAUGAUAACGGGGAGGGGAAACCGAGUACUCAGAUGAUUUGUGCCAAUGGACGAAUAUUCGUUGCGUACAUGUCUGAAGACAGCGUGACUGCUGCUACAGGUCUGAAGACAGCGUGACUUCUGCUACAGGUCUGAUGACAGCGUGACUUCUGCUACAGGUCUGAAGACAGCGUGACUGCUGCUGACGAUCUUUACGGCUUCAGUCCUUCUUGUACAGCUUCCUGAUACCGCCUAAAUUUAUGAUUUGUAUUAAAGAACAGUUGGGCCACUAGAAUUGUAUUUAAUUAUCCUUUUAUUAAUAAAUAUCUCCCCAACAGUAAGCAUGAGUUAAUAGAUAUCUUCCUCCAUUCUUAAAAAAUCAAAUAAAAUUAUUAAAUGUGUUACAUUCGCUUAGAGUUAAGUGUGUUGUAGAUGCAUAUAAAGAUUAUAAUGUAUCAUACGGAAAUGUAAUUCUGUUAAUGGCUGUGAAUACAAGUAUUUUGUCAAUGCUAAUUA